CUUGACAACACUAUAGCAACGGCGGUAAGCCAAACAGGGCUGCCGUCACUAGAGAAGCUGAUAGGGCUUUGACAACAGUACUUGAAUACUGUUUCUGGCUGCUUGUACAAGAUAAACAGCAUGGCGUUGCCAUAUCUUCCGGGCAACUUAUUUAACAACAACUUGGGCAAAACUAAACACCACAAGCCCCAUCACUUUGACAUCUGCAACGAUGUGGCCAUGAUGGUUGGAGAGACAAAGCCCGGCAUAGGAGGUGAGCCUAGAUUAGGUCAGAAGGCCAAGCCAGCAAACUCAAGAAUCCCCAAAGGAGAAGGUCCUAAUCUGCCAGCAUGGGUUGCCUUUGACCGCCAGGUGCUGUCGUUUGAUGCUUAUUACCAAGAGGGUGUUGUUGAGAAACGUGAAGAACAAUACCGUGUGAGAAAAUGCAAAAUUUUCUUCUACCCAGAAGAUGACUCUAUUCAAGUGGUGGAGCCUAGAAAUGGAAACACUGGCAUUCCUCAGGGCACAAUAAUUCGUCGACACCGUAUUCCUAAACCACCACCAAAUGAGGAUCAGUUCUAUACUGUGGAAGAUUUCAAUGUAGGAUUGGAACUGAACUUAUAUUCCAAAGUGUUCAAGAUUACAGACUGUGAUGAGUUCACAGUGAAUUUCUUACGCAAGCUUGGUGUGAGAGUUGGAAGACCUGAAAAUCAACCAGAUGAUCCCUACAUGAAGCACCGCAAGGCCUUUGAAGGUACCAUGCAGCCAUUGCGUCCUUAUGAGAAAUUUGACACUCUAAAGCAGUUUCUAGACCAUGACGGUCAUGUUCUCCGAUUCUACUGUUACUGGGAUGACACCACUAAUCUGUUUGGUGAUGUACGCCAGCUUGUCCUGCACUAUUUCCUGGCAGAUGACACAAUCGAGAUAAAAGAGGUAAUUCCUGCAAAUUCUGGACGAGAUGCUGUACCAAUGUUUCUCAGGCGAGGACCAGUGCCUAAAAAUUUUGAGGGCUUAAAGCUUCCAGGAGUUGUUACAGACAGAACAAUUCUGAAUGUCUUUGGACCCACUGGGCAUGGUGGACGCUACAUCCUUGAUAGUCUAAAGACUGGUGCUAUCAAUCCAGAAUUUUACAGAGACUCUGAUCUGACGCUGGGAAGUGUGCUCAACAUAUGGGGGCGUAAAAUUGUUCUCUGUGACUGUGACGAAUUCACAAAGGAAUAUUACCAAAAGAAGUAUGGCAUAACUGAGUAUAAUUCCCUCAAGUUCAAAGAUGAUCUCACUGCACCUGUCACAAAGCCAGUGCCUCCUUACAAUGGCUUUGGCUCCGAGGAGGACUCUUUGUGCUCCUGCAAGGGUCUCUUGCCCAAACCACCCAUGCGGGACUUUAUCAAGUUCAUGGAGAAGGACAGAUGUGGGCUAGAGAGUAAUGUGCUGAGGUUCCUAGCUCGCCUUGACACCCAGAAGCCUAUCGACAAGGACAGGCGCUUCAUUAUCUCCUUCUUCCUUAGUGAUGACACGAUUGUCGUCUUUGAGCCUCCUGUGAGGAAUUCUGGCUUCAUUGGUGGCAAGUUUAUGGAGAGAGGUCGUGUCAAGAAACCCAACCAGCCACGAUUCCUUGUAGAAAUGUCAGAAUACUACAAGGCAAAUGACCUUUAUGUGGGUGCUUGUGUGGAUUUUAACAAGUUCAAGUUCAUUUUACUUGAUACUGAUGAGUAUGCCCUUCGAUACAUGGAGGAACGCCCAGAUGAGUUUCCAAUGAGCAAUGUUCAGCUUAUUCUGGCAAAGGUCCGUGGGUUGAGGGAAAAGAAAGAUGAUAUGCUGGCUGUAUUUAGAAAAUAUGACUCUACAGGUCAAGGUGUGAUCAGUUACGCCCAGUUACACGGUCUUUUGGAACAGCGUGGAAUGCUAGUAAAAUGCACUCAGUGCAAAGAAACUGAAACAAAGAAGUCGACUGAAAAGAUUCAGCCAACCUUGACGGAACAGGAGGUCAUAACCUUGGCCAGGAUCUUUGCAGACAGGUCCGAGCAGCCAAUGCUGAAUGCGCCAAGGGUGAUAGCACUUGUGCAGGAACAACUUCGCAAGCACAACUAUGAAAACUUUAACAACUUGAUGGACAACUUAAUGUACCAAGACAAGAACAAGACGGGCUUCAUAUCACCAGAGACUGUGCGUACUGUAUUUAUGUCUUCCCAUGUGCCACUUCCUGAUGACUUGCUUCGGACUGUCCUUGAAGUAGCUCCAUCAAAUGAAAAGGGAGAGAUUGCAUAUGCAGAGUUUUUGAAAAUAAUCAACUGGCGUGACUGCCCUGUACCACCUAUGCAGCAGCCUGUUCAGUCAGAUGAUGAGGGUCAGGGAAUAAAGGCCAAGAGUGCGGUUUCUGCCAUCAGCUACUCUGCACUAGUGGAUGCAAUAUUUGGUACAUUUCACAAAUAAUAAAAGUUUAUCUUGACAAAAAUGUUUUCGUAUUGUAGUAAAACAAAAUGGAUUGCUGAAGUAUGGAAAGUGGUUAGGCUUUCAAUAGAAUGGCAUAAAAUUUACUGACAAGAAAGACACAUUUAGAUUGCCAUGGACAUCAUCUGGGAUGAGAAGAGCAUAGAGCAGAGUCUGUUUUAUAUGCUACUAGUGUUAUUUUAUGGAAAAUCUGCAUGGUGGCAAGCAGCAGGGGCAGAUCAAGUUCCUUUCAAGUUUCAUGGCCUUACAGUUCUCUAGUGUCAAGAGCAAUGUUAACACACCAUUUACGGAUCUUUUUUUUUUCACAUUCAAGAACAUACAGCCACCACAGUAUUUUUUAAUCUUUCUGGAAGGUGUUUUUCUACUUGUCUUUUGAAAGGAAUGUGAGCUUGUAAAGAUUUUUAUGUUUCCAAUGUGUUGGUAACCCAUCUUUUUAUGGACAUAUACAAUGGGAUUUCAAAUGCAGACAGUUUUUUGGAACUGGAAAUUGGAAUUACAAUUAUCCUGUUAAAAAACUGUAAAGUUUCACUGAAUUUUAUGAGGGAUACCUUCAUGAAAUAAGUAUCACAUUUGAAUGUCAUUUCUGACUUGCAGUUUGUGAUGCUUUAUUGUGCUGUACAGAAGACGCUUUAUGAUAUGAAUUCCAGAUAUAAAAAUAAAGUAUUUUAGAAAACUAUCAUCAAUUCAAAUUUCUCUUAAGUUUUUGUCACAAGAUUUUUUCUGGUAAAACUCACUGCUUUAAACAUUAAA